AUGCUCCGCAUAUGGCCCAAAAACAACACCUCCGGGGAUCUGGAAAAACCACCCCCCGCUCGCGACCCCGAGUACCAAGUCCAAUGGGAUGUUGACGAUCCCUUGAAUCCGCAAAAUUGGUCUGUCGCGUAUAAAUGGUGGGUCACCUUCCAGCUAGGCAUGCUCGCCCUGGCUGGCAGCUUAGGGUCCAGUAUCACCACCUCCGCCGAUGACACCAUCGCCAAGUAUAUUGGCGUCAGCAGCGAAGUCGCCGUUCUCGAUGUCUCCCUCUACAUCGUGGGCUUCGUCCUCGGCCCGAUCAUCUGGGCCCCCAUCUCCGAAGUCUGGGGUCGGCGCAUCAGCAUCCUCCCCGCAGUAUUCUGCCUAGCCCUCUUCGCCAUCGGCACCGCCAACAGCCAUAAUGCCCCCUCCGUCUUCCUCACGCGCUUCUUCGCCGGCUUCUUCGGCUCCGCACCCAUCAGCAACGUAACCGCCGCCCUCGGCGACAUGUGGAGCAAAGAAACCCGCGGCACGGCCAUCAGCCUCUACGCCAUUGCCGUCAACGGCGGGCCCGAUCUCGGCCCCCUCAUCAGCGCCGCCAUCAUGGCCAACCCACACCUCAACUGGCGCUGGACCGAAUACAUCCACGCCAUCUGGGUGUUCGUCACCUUCCUGAUGGCCUACUUCUUUCUCCCCGAACUCUACCCCCUCGUCCUCCUCUCCCGCAAAGCCCAACACCUCCGCAAAACCCAAAACCCCUCCUACUGGCAUCCCCACGAACACCUCCACCUCUCCAUCCACUCCAUCCUCACCAAACAACUCGCCCGACCCCUCCGCAUGCUCACCACCGAACCCAUCGUCACCGCCAUCGCCUUCUACGCUGCCUUCGUCUACGCCGUCAUGUAUCUCACCCUCGAACUCUUCCCCAUCGCCUUCGCCUCCCUCCGUCACUGGUCCCCCGUCCCAGCCUCCCUCCCUUUCCUCGCCCUCCUCGUCGGCGUCAUCUCCUCCGUCGGCCUAAACAUCUACAACCAACUCCGCUACAACCGCAUCUCCGCCGCCGCCAACGGCGCCCCCGUCCCAGAAGCCCGUCUCCCCCCGAUCGCAUUCGGCUCGAUCAUCCUGGUCCUAGGCCUCUUCUGGUUCGCAUGGACCGCCAGUCCACCCUACCACUGGAUUCUCCCCGUGCUCGCAGCAUUCUGCAUCGGGGUCGGAUUUAAUUGUAUCUUUCAACAAUGCUUGAAUUUCCUAAUCGACGUGUAUCGCAUCUAUGCCGCGAGUGCGACCGCCGCGGUCACGUUUCUGAGAAGUUUGAUGGCAGCGGGGUUGCCCUUGGCUGCGAAACCGAUGGUCAAGGCGUUGGGAAUCGGUCCCGCGGUAUCGAUCGUGGGCGCUGUGGCGGCGGUGUUGGUGCCCGUGCCGUUUUUGUUCAUGAGGUAUGGGCCGGCGUUGAGGCGGAUGUCGCGGAUGGUGGAGAAUUAACACCCUGUAGCUGUAGGGUGGAGGUGCGGGGAGAGAAAAGUGUCAACUUUAGUACGAGUAUAUAAGACAGCCUAGAGAGUGUAGAUAGAUUUCCACACAAUUACUACUCCGUAAUCC